AUGGUCGAAAAACAAUUCAUCGCCUUAAAUACAAAGUCUUCCAUGCAAUAUUGCAAGAAGAGAAUGAAAUUCUUAAACCUUCGAUUGCUAAAAAAACCAGGCUAUGCCCAAAGUUUCGGAUCAAUCGCCAUUGUUGUAGGAAAUUCCAUGGCUAAACUGGGCAAAAAUAACAUUUAUUCCUACUAUUGGGAUGAAACUUCACACUGCAAAGUUAGUAAUGAAAUAAUUAGCGCAGUUUACGAUUUCUUCAAAAACUUUGAAUUCGGAGAUAAAAUAAAUAUUCUACGAAUAGUGUCCGACGGUUACGCCGGACAAAACAAAAAUACAGGCAUGAUAGCUAUGCUCGGUAGAUACACAGAACUGUACUGUACAACACUGUACACAGAAGCCCCAACAAAUAUCAGGAAAAUAUAG